GGAGAUUUGAUAAAUCUCAAUGCUGACAGAACACUACAAGAAUAUCUGCAACAAAAAACUAAAAUGUAAUCUUAUCAGGAGAAAUUAUUUUGAUAUACGAAAUAUAGAACAUAUAUAUUGAACUGAAUUACAAGUGGAAAUGAUUAAUAUUAAGUUUGGAUACAACGGACAAAAAUGAGUUUCGAUAAUAAAGUGGUUAUUGUGACAGGCGCUAGUUCCGGAAUUGGAGCAGCGACUGCUAAACUAUUUACUAAGGAAGGUGCUAAUGUCGUUAUGGUAGGAAGAAACGCGACCAAACUCCAGAAUGUCUCUUCAGCCUGCGGGAAGAUCGGAAAAGCACCUCUCGUAAUUAAAGCAGAUGUUUCAAAAGAUGCAGAUGUUAAAAUAAUAAUUGAUCACACUAUAAAAAAGUAUGGUAAACUAGAUAUAUUAAUCAACAAUGCAGGACUUGGUAGAGUGGGUUCAAUAGCUGACGGAAAAAUAAUGGAUACGUAUGAUGAAAUUAUGAAUGUAAACCUAAAGGCCGUUGUUCAUUUGACAGCUUUGGCUGCACCGUACCUUACAAAAACGAAAGGAUCCAUUGUUAAUGUGUCUAGUGUAGGAGGAUCUUUAACACCUACUUCAAUUUUGCAAAUAUAUGCUACGUCAAAAGCAGCAUUGAACCAUUUCUCUCGAGGUGCAGCUCUGGAAUUGGCAAAAUCAGGAGUUAGAGUGAACGUCGUGAGUCCUGGACCAGUUGAUACUGAUUUCGUUGAAAACGCGGGCGUUCAAAUUUCUAUAGAUGCAUUUGUUAAAGAACUACCUCUUCCUAGAGUAACAGAAUCAGAAGAAAUAGCCGAUUUAAUUUUAUAUUUAUCAAGUGAAAAAGCAAAAGGCAUUACUGGUUCAAAUUUUGUUAGUGAUAAUGGAAUGAUGUUGAUGGCGUAAUGUAAAACAGCUAAUUUCAUAGCAAUAAAGUACUUAUUCUUGUAACCGUAUAUACU